AUGGUGCUUUCCGACUUUUUGACGGAGACUCGAAGGCGAUGGCUUAAGUUUUGGUUAGAUUAUGUACUUAGUUCUAAAUUAGGAGGUCACUGUUGUCACGUGACCUUGUCUGCGAACUUAACAGUUGCAUAUAUAAAAUUGAUCACGUGUAUUAUAGAUACGAUUAAUACUCGGGUAAAGUUCCUCGUUGUUAAUAAUUUUUCUCAUGUUUUUCCAUGUGAUUUUGAUAGUAAAAUUAACUAUUAUUUUUGUCUCCAGGCCUUCAAUCAACUGUUCAAAAGGAACAAGAGCCGCAAGAGCACUCGCAACCGCAUCUCCCCGGAGCUGGUCCGCUCCCCCUCGUACAGCGGCACGGUGGACGCGCGCGCAGACAUCGACGUGACGCACUUCUGCGCCUGCCGCGCCUCGCUGCCGCCGCUGCACAUCGCCGACGCCUACGAGAACACCUCCUACUACAGCAGCUACAACAGCUACAACAGCUCGCGCAUCGACAGCCUCGAGAGCUACGGCACCAACGAGUCCAACAGCGGGCGCUCCGACUCCGCCUACGACUCGGCGCGCUCCAGCCCCGAGCACAACCGCGUCUGCUACGCCACCGUCACCUACUUCAACGUGAACGACAGCGAGGACAGCAGCAGCAUCCGCACCGAGUACACGCUGCUGGACGACGCCGAGGCCGACCGCCUGCAGGAGCUGGACGACCUCGCCGACCUGGCCGACUCCGGCCGCGCCGACGAAGACGAACGAACGCAGAACAUGAUCAACGAGAGCAUCGAGCUCGUCAGCACCUUAUGAAGUGAAUACGGACACACUCACCUCUACAUUAUGAUUGUAUCGUAACUAGGAUACUAGCAGAAUAAUGAAAGCGUUUUGUUCCGAUCUGGAAGCGUGUGUGAUAUUUGGUGCGUGGUUCGAAAGUUGUGACAAAAAUGAAAUUUGAAAAGACACUUGAUUUUAGAAUAAGUCAAAAUUAUAGUAAUAUUUAUGUAUAUUGUACUUUAUAGUAAAUUGGCAACUUUAAGCUAUUUAGUGAUUAAGAUUAUCUUAUUCGAAUGUUUAUGAAUUUAAAUCUAAAGUAAUUUUUAUGCACAAUCUCUUAACUUCAGGUCUGUUAGCAAAUCAAUGAUUUUCCGAUGUUCUUUGAACUCAAAUCAAUCGCUUAAUUGUUUCAAAUCUUCAGCGAAUAACCAUAAUUGGCCAAUCAGCGUUGAGUAAAGCCUUUAUCCGACCAAUUAGGAUGGCACAGUGGAAAACGUUCUGAUUUUAUUAAAGGAACAUUUCUUUCAGCCAAUAAUGCUUUCAGAAGCAAAGAAUUAUAAUUUAUUGAAAAGUGAAAUGAGGAUUUAUUUCUUAGUCAAUAUAUUUUGAACUAGAAAAUAAAUUUUCUUUAGGACAAUAUUGUACAAACUUAAUAUUAAUUUAAUUUGUUUGCUAAUUACCGAACAAUAACUUUAAUGUAAAGAUUAUGGAACAUUCCAUUGUUUUCAUAUACGAGAACAAACUCGGAUGAUUCAAAUAAUAUCAUAUCACAUGAAGCAAGUAGCUAGUUGUUUCCAAACACAAUUUAUAUUUCUGAAACUGUAAUUUAGAUUGCAAAUAUUUGUUGCUAACUAUAAACAAAUUCGAUUACUAUUUACUGUCUGCAAAAGUAAUUGGAACUUAGCAGAUCGAAUGUUUGCUAACGAUACAACGAAUGUAUUUCGCUCUAUUUAUUUCUAAUGACAUUUUAGAUUACCGAGACUUGCCCAUGGGAUAUGUGGGUAGAGGGCAACAGCCUCAUGUCUUACUAAUGUUCUGGUACUGUCGUUAACAAAAGUAUUUUUGAAUAUUUUAGCAGACUUCAUCCGUUGCUUCCACACUUAGACUUGUGAUUUCUCAGUUUGAUAUGUACUUGACUUAUGUAAUUAGAUGAUGAAAGAUAAUUUUGUCGACCUCCGUUGUCGAGUGGCGUACGCACCGGUUUCAAGGUGUCGCUAGCUCUAAGGUCCCGAUUUCGAUCCCCG